AUGGGAAGAAUUUAUACGCAUUUCUGGCACGCCCAUGACAGCGAUGAAGAUACUAGCUGUAAUCAAGAGAGGAUCAUUUGGAAAGCUAGAAUAAAUGAAAUACAUGCUUCACUGUCUCUGUUCAAGUGCGAUGAGUGUGUGGAGACCAUUCGGCGUGGCAGUGAUCGUGGUGCCUUGGAUUGCCCUUUAUGCGACAAGGAGUGGCACCUUGAUUGCAUACCAAGCUCGCCUGAAGAAAUAAACCACCCGUUCCACCCAUACCAUCCGCUCAAGCUUAUCAUCGAUGGCCCACCUGAUUACUCUGACGGGAAAUGUGUAACCUGCCACGAGCCACUGAGGAGCUUUUUCCACCACUGUUCGAUAUGCGAUUUCAGCCUCCAUGUGAGGUGCUCCAACAACCCCCCACCGCUCAUUUUGGAUGCCCCGAGGUGCCACAACCAUGCACUCACCCUUAUGGCUAGAAACGACACCUUCACUUGCAACGCUUGUGGUACGCAUGGCGAACAAUGCCCUUACGUCUGCGCUCCCUGCGCUCUCAUGUUCCAUGGGGAUUGUGUCACGCUGCCACACGUCAUAAACAUCAACCGCCACGACCAUCGGAUCUCUCACACCUAUUCUCUUGGUUUCGGGGAUUGGAAAUGCAAGAUUUGUCACCGGAAGAUCGACUGGAGGUACGGCGCUUAUUCUUGUUCCAAGUGUCCUGAUUUUGUCGCUCACUCCAAGUGCGCGACUAGAAAUGAUGUGUGGGAUGGGGUAGAACUCGAAGGUGUACCUGAAGAGUUUGUAGAUGUCUCGCCAUUCAAAUUGAUUGAAGACGGAGUCAUUAACCAUUUCUCCCACGAUGAGCAUAACUUAAGGCUCAUGGAGGAUGCUACUGAUCGUGAUGAAAGCAUACGGUGCGAAGCUUGCACAAGCUGUAUCUUUUCUGACAAGCACUACAGCUGUAUGGAAUGCGAAUUUUUCCUUCAUGAAACAUGCGCUAAUCUUCCUCUUCAGAAAAGACAUGGGCUUUGCAGAAAGCCGCUUACUCUAGUCAGCACCGCUCGUGGUUUGUUCAAGUGUUGUGCUUGCGAAACAUUAUCAAAUGGUUUCAUCUACAAGUGUGGUGAUAUAACCCUAGAUGUACGAUGUGCGUCCAUCUCAUGGUAUUGUGAUUACGAAUGUCACCCGCAUACCCUCUUUCUCACUACGCUUGACAGGGACACUUGUGGGGGAUGUCUUGAAACUUCUAGAAGAGUGCUGCAUUGCGUUGAAUGUGACUUCUCCCUGGACUUCAAGUGUGCUACUCUACCCAAAAAGAUUAAGCACAGGUGCGAUGACCAUUUUAUGUCCUUGUGUUUUGGUGAGGAGGCCAGGGAAGGUAAGUACUGGUGUGAGAUUUGUGAAACCGUUUUAGAUCCACAGAAAUGGUUUUACUCAUGCAGCGGCGAUUGUGGAGUCGUUUGUCAUAUUCAAUGUGUGCUCGGGGAGUUAUGGAAUGCCAAACCACAAGUCUUCAAUACUAAAGUGGGGGAAAAAAUAGAAUUGGUUCCCAACGAUGGUAUGUCGCGACCAAUAUGUGGUUCAUGCGGCUCUCGUUGCCAACAACCCCUGCUUUACAAGAUUUCUAACUCUGAUAUGGAGGAAUCCUUUUGUGACACUCAAUGUCAUGCAAAUUAUACCGAUGCAUUACAAUUAGCGGCGGAUCAAGCUUGGUUGGAAACAGUGGUGGAUGAUGAUUAG